AUGAGUGACGAGGAGCUCCGCUGCUUUGUGGGUGGCCUCUCGUGGGGCACGGAUGACCGCGCUCUUUCGGAUGCUUUCCACGACUAUGGAGCUGUUGACGCUAAGGUUGUGAAUGACCGAGAAACCGGCCGCUCCCGAGGGUUUGGAUUUGUGACUUUCAACGACAAGGCCGGCAUGGACGAUGCUAUCAAGGCCAUGAACGGCAAGGAACUUGACGGCCGGACUAUCACCGUCAACGUCGCCCAACCUCGCAUGCCGUACCCACAGAAUGUGCAAGCAGCAGCGGGCGUGGAGGAUAUUAUUCGCCAGGAGGGGGGUGUGGAGGAUAUUAUUCGCCAGGAGGGGGGUGUGCUGGCCGGCCACCAUUGCCACCAUUACCCCCACCUCUCCCUUACACCUCUCCUACCUCUCCCCCCGCCUCCCCCGUUUCCCUGUUCUCCCCAAGGCAUGCCGUACCCUCAGAAUCUGCAGGCAGCAGAGGGCGUGGAGGAUAUUAUUCGCCAGGAGGGGGAUGUGCCAUCCACCUAUCCUGCCUCAUUCCUUCCCAGUUCCCCCUUUUCCCUGCCUCUGCCUCUCGCCCCACCAAGGCAUGCCAUGCCGUACCCUCAGAAUCUGCUGGCAGCAGAGGGGGUGCAGGAUAGUACUCACCAGGAGGGGGAUGUGCCAUCCACCUAUCCUGCCUCAUUCCUUCCCAGUUCCCCCUUUUCCCUGCCUCUGCCUCUCGCCCCACCAAGGCAUGCCAUGCCGUACCCUCAGAAUCUGCUGGCAGCAGAGGGGGUGCAGGAUAGUACUCACCAGGAGGGGGAUGUGCCAUCCACCUAUCCUGCCUCAUUCCUUCCCAGUUCCCCCUUUUCCCUGCCUCUGCCUCUCGCCCCACCAAGGCAUGCCAUGCCGUACCCUCAGAAUCUGCUGGCAGCAGAGGGGGUGCAGGAUAGUACUCACCAGGAGGGGGAUGUGCCAUCCACCUAUCCUGCCUCAUUCCUUCCCAGUUCCCCCUUUUCCCUGCCUCUGCCUCUCGCCCCACCAAGGCAUGCCAUGCCGUACCCUCAGAAUCUGCUGGCAGCAGAGGGGGUGCAGGAUAGUACUCACCAGGAGGGGGAUGUGCCAUCCACCUAUCCUGCCUCAUUCCUUCCCAGUUCCCCCUUUUCCCUGCCUCUGCCUCUCGCCCCACCAAGGCAUGCCAUGCCGUACCCUCAGAAUCUGCUGGCAGCAGAGGGGGUGCAGGAUAGUACUCACCAGGAGGGGGAUGUGCCAUCCACCUAUCCUGCCUCAUUCCUUCCCAGUUCCCCCUUUUCCCUGCCUCUGCCUCUCGCCCCACCAAGGCAUGCCAUGCCGUACCCUCAGAAUCUGCUGGCAGCAGAGGGGGUGCAGGAUAGUACUCACCAGGAGGGGGAUGUGCCAUCCACCUAUCCUGCCUCAUUCCUUCCCAGUUCCCCCUUUUCCCUGCCUCUGCCUCUCGCCCCACCAAGGCAUGCCAUGCCGUACCCUCAGAAUCUGCUGGCAGCAGAGGGGGUGCAGGAUAGUACUCACCAGGAGGGGGAUGUGCCAUCCACCUAUCCUGCCUCAUUCCUUCCCAGUUCCCCCUUUUCCCUGCCUCUGCCUCUCGCCCCACCAAGGCAUGCCAUGCCGUACCCUCAGAAUCUGCUGGCAGCAGAGGGGGUGCAGGAUAGUACUCACCAGGAGGGGGAUGUGCCAUCCACCUAUCCUGCCUCAUUCCUUCCCAGUUCCCCCUUUUCCCUGCCUCUGCCUCUCGCCCCACCAAGGCAUGCCAUGCCGUACCCUCAGAAUCUGCUGGCAGCAGAGGGGGUGCAGGAUAGUACUCACCAGGAGGGGGAUGUGCCAUCCACCUAUCCUGCCUCAUUCCUUCCCAGUUCCCCCUUUUCCCUGCCUCUGCCUCUCGCCCCACCAAGGCAUGCCAUGCCGUACCCUCAGAAUCUGCUGGCAGCAGAGGGGGUGCAGGAUAGUACUCACCAGGAGGGGGAUGUGCCAUCCACCUAUCCUGCCUCAUUCCUUCCCAGUUCCCCCUUUUCCCUGCCUCUGCCUCUCGCCCCACCAAGGCAUGCCAUGCCGUACCCUCAGAAUCUGCUGGCAGCAGAGGGGGUGCAGGAUAGUACUCACCAGGAGGGGGAUGUGCCAUCCACCUAUCCUGCCUCAUUCCUUCCCAGUUCCCCCUUUUCCCUGCCUCUGCCUCUCGCCCCACCAAGGCAUGCCAUGCCGUACCCUCAGAAUCUGCUGGCAGCAGAGGGGGUGCAGGAUAGUACUCACCAGGAGGGGGAUGUGCCAUCCACCUAUCCUGCCUCAUUCCUUCCCAGUUCCCCCUUUUCCCUGCCUCUGCCUCUCGCCCCACCAAGGCAUGCCAUGCCGUACCCUCAGAAUCUGCUGGCAGCAGAGGGGGUGCAGGAUAGUACUCACCAGGAGGGGGAUGUGCCAUCCACCUAUCCUGCCUCAUUCCUUCCCAGUUCCCCCUUUUCCCUGCCUCUGCCUCUCGCCCCACCAAGGCAUGCCAUGCCGUACCCUCAGAAUCUGCUGGCAGCAGAGGGGGUGCAGGAUAGUACUCACCAGGAGGGGGAUGUGCCAUCCACCUAUCCUGCCUCAUUCCUUCCCAGUUCCCCCUUUUCCCUGCCUCUGCCUCUCGCCCCACCAAGGCAUGCCAUGCCGUACCCUCAGAAUCUGCUGGCAGCAGAGGGGGUGCAGGAUAGUACUCACCAGGAGGGGGAUGUGCCAUCCACCUAUCCUGCCUCAUUCCUUCCCAGUUCCCCCUUUUCCCUGCCUCUGCCUCUCGCCCCACCAAGGCAUGCCAUGCCGUACCCUCAGAAUCUGCUGGCAGCAGAGGGGGUGCAGGAUAGUACUCACCAGGAGGGGGAUGUGCCAUCCACCUAUCCUGCCUCAUUCCUUCCCAGUUCCCCCUUUUCCCUGCCUCUGCCUCUCGCCCCACCAAGGCAUGCCAUGCCGUACCCUCAGAAUCUGCUGGCAGCAGAGGGGGUGCAGGAUAGUACUCACCAGGAGGGGGAUGUGCCAUCCACCUAUCCUGCCUCAUUCCUUCCCAGUUCCCCCUUUUCCCUGCCUCUGCCUCUCGCCCCACCAAGGCAUGCCAUGCCGUACCCUCAGAAUCUGCUGGCAGCAGAGGGGGUGCAGGAUAGUACUCACCAGGAGGGGGAUGUGCCAUCCACCUAUCCUGCCUCAUUCCUUCCCAGUUCCCCCUUUUCCCUGCCUCUGCCUCUCGCCCCACCAAGGCAUGCCAUGCCGUACCCUCAGAAUCUGCUGGCAGCAGAGGGGGUGCAGGAUAGUACUCACCAGGAGGGGGAUGUGCCAUCCACCUAUCCUGCCUCAUUCCUUCCCAGUUCCCCCUUUUCCCUGCCUCUGCCUCUCGCCCCACCAAGGCAUGCCAUGCCGUACCCUCAGAAUCUGCUGGCAGCAGAGGGGGUGCAGGAUAGUACUCACCAGGAGGGGGAUGUGCCAUCCACCUAUCCUGCCUCAUUCCUUCCCAGUUCCCCCUUUUCCCUGCCUCUGCCUCUCGCCCCACCAAGGCAUGCCAUGCCGUACCCUCAGAAUCUGCUGGCAGCAGAGGGGGUGCAGGAUAGUACUCACCAGGAGGGGGAUGUGCCAUCCACCUAUCCUGCCUCAUUCCUUCCCAGUUCCCCCUUUUCCCUGCCUCUGCCUCUCGCCCCACCAAGGCAUGCCAUGCCGUACCCUCAGAAUCUGCUGGCAGCAGAGGGGGUGCAGGAUAGUACUCACCAGGAGGGGGAUGUGCCAUCCACCUAUCCUGCCUCAUUCCUUCCCAGUUCCCCCUUUUCCCUGCCUCUGCCUCUCGCCCCACCAAGGCAUGCCAUGCCGUACCCUCAGAAUCUGCUGGCAGCAGAGGGGGUGCAGGAUAGUACUCACCAGGAGGGGGAUGUGCCAUCCACCUAUCCUGCCUCAUUCCUUCCCAGUUCCCCCUUUUCCCUGCCUCUGCCUCUCGCCCCACCAAGGCAUGCCAUGCCGUACCCUCAGAAUCUGCUGGCAGCAGAGGGGGUGCAGGAUAGUACUCACCAGGAGGGGGAUGUGCCAUCCACCUAUCCUGCCUCAUUCCUUCCCAGUUCCCCCUUUUCCCUGCCUCUGCCUCUCGCCCCACCAAGGCAUGCCAUGCCGUACCCUCAGAAUCUGCUGGCAGCAGAGGGGGUGCAGGAUAGUACUCACCAGGAGGGGGAUGUGCCAUCCACCUAUCCUGCCUCAUUCCUUCCCAGUUCCCCCUUUUCCCUGCCUCUGCCUCUCGCCCCACCAAGGCAUGCCAUGCCGUACCCUCAGAAUCUGCUGGCAGCAGAGGGGGUGCAGGAUAGCAUGCCAUACCCACAGAACCUGCAGGCAGCAGAGGGCGAGGAGGGUAUUAUUUGGAAGGAGAGGGCAGUGCCGGCCACCAUCGCCAUCACUGCUGGCUGCCCUCACCUCCCCCUCACACCUCUCCCCCUUUUCCUUGCCUCUCCCCUACAAGGCAUGCCGUACCCACAAAACCUUCAGGCAGCAGAGGUGGAGGAGUGGUGCAAUAAUUUCUCCUCCCCAUCCUUCUCUUUACUCCCCUUUCCUGGUCUGUCUUUUUCCCCCAUCCAGGCAUGCCAUACCCACAGAACCUGCAGGCAGCAGAGGGCGAGGAGGGUAUUAUUUGGAAGGAGAGGGCAGUGCCGGCCACCAUCGCCAUCACUGCUGGCUGCCCUCGCCUCCCCCUCACGCCUUGCCUUUCCUUCCUCCCCAUUCUCUCCCCCCACCACCCUAGGCAUGCCAUACCCACAGAGCCUGCAUGCAGCAGAGGGCGUGGAGGGUAUUAUUCGGAGGGAGGGGGCAGUGCCGGCCACCAUUGCCAUCAUUGACGGCCGGCCGUGCAUAGGGCUGACCGCUUCUCAGCUGCAGCACCUGGCACGGGACGGCCAUGCUGCUGUGAAGACUGCCAGACGAGACGUGGCUCUCGUGGUGUCUCAAGGCCUGACAGGAGCCACCACUGUAUCGGCCACCAUGCCGCUCGCUCACAAGGUGGGCAUCCCUGUGUUUGUGACAGGAGGCAUAGGAGGCGUGCACCGAGGGGGAGAGAGCACGAUGGACAUCUCAUCUGAUCUCACGGAGUUGGGUCGCACGCCUGUGGCUGUGGUGUGUGCGGGAGUCAAGUCAGUGCUCGAUAUUCCCCGCACUCUUGAAUACCUCGAGACACAAGGGGUGACAGUGGUGGUGUACGGUGCCAAGGAGUUCCCAGCGUUCUUCACAGCAACAUCUGGCUGCCCUGCACCCGCCACUCUCAGCGACCCUGCCAGCUGUGCAGCUCUCAUUGACACCAACCACCGCAUGAAGCUUAACAGUGGCAUGGUGAUUGCAGUGCCGGUGCCCCAGGGGCAGGCAGCAGAGGCAGAGGAGGUAGAGCGAGCUACACAGCAGGCCCUUGCCGAAGCAGACGCACAGGGCGUGAAGGGUGCACAGGUGACACCAUUUGUGCUCAAGCGGAUCAAGGAGCUGACAGGAGGGGCGUCACUCACUGCAAUCACCCACAUUCCCUCCUCUCCUCCCCAUCCCCAUCUCCCCGCCCUCCCAUCUUUCCCCUCACACUCCACAUUCCAACCCCUCACCCUCUCUCAAUCCCUCUCACCGCCUCUCACCCCCCCCCUCACCUCCCCAAUUUCCCCCCUCUUUCCCCACUCCUUUCCCCAUUCUCUCUCCCCCCUCCCCUCUCUCCCUUCUCUCCUAUCUCACCACCCAUUCCUCGUUUUUUACGAGAUUCGACGAGAAGCAGAAACAGUUAAAGAGCAACUAGCAGCCAUCAGAGCCACUGCCGACGUGCCACGUCAGCGCGCAGCCAUUGCUGACCUGGAGCGUGACGUGGCAAGGGAGGACCUGUGGGAGGAUCCAGCUCAGGCGCAACAGCUGAUGACGCAGCUCACAGAGCUCAAGGAUGGCGUGAGAGAAGUCGAGGAGUUUGCAGAUAAGGUGGAGGAGGUGUGUCUUAUAGUGGAGCUGCUAGAAACGGAGCAGACACCAGACGCGUCACUGGUCGCGGAGGCAAGGGAGGGGCUGCAGUGGGUGCGGGGGCACAUGGAGCGAUACGCUGUGGCUCAGCUGCUCUCAGGGCAGUUCGACCGCAAGGGCGCUCGGCUUACAAUUGCUGCGGGUGCAGGCGGGACUGAUGCCCAGGACUGGGCGGACAUGCUCUUACGCAUGUACUCACGGUGGGCGGACAGGCGGGGCUUUAAGAAGCGAGUGGUGGAGCGGUCGGACGGGGAGGAGGCGGGGAUCAAGAGUGCCACGCUUGAAGUGGAGGGGCGGUAUGCCUACGGGUAUCUGAGUGGGGAGAAGGGCACUCACCGGCUUGUUAGGCAGUCGCCAUUCAAUGCCAAGGGGCUCCGACAGACGAGCUUCGCGGGGGUGGAGGUGAUGCCUCUGCUAGAAGAGGAGGCAAUCAAGGUGGAGAUUCCCGAGGAUGACCUGGAUGUGUCUACUAUGAGGGCGGGCGGCAAGGGCGGGCAGAACGUGAACAAGGUGGAGACGGCCGUGCGCAUGGUGCACGUGCCCACGGGGAUCGCUGUCAAGUGCUCAGAGGAGCGGUCACAGGCGCAGAACAAGGCAAAGGCACUCGCAAUGCUCAAGGCGAAGCUGCUAAUUAUUCUGGAGGAGCAGAGAGCGGCGGAGAUAAGAGAGAUUCGAGGAGACGUUGUGAAAGCGGAGUGGGGGCAGCAGAUUCGGAACUAUGUGCUGCAUCCGUAUAAGCUGGUGAAGGAUUUGAGGACGGAGUAUGAGACGAGCGAUGUUGGAGAUGCCAGAGGUCCAUCUACGACUGUUGCCAAGGAUCCAGAGCUGGACCUUCUUUAUCAUGAGGAUUCAAUUCAGGAGUCCUCAAAAGAAUCACCUGUACAGAUUAAGGCUGUACAGUUCAUGUCUCGCGACUCCGACGAGGAAGACGAAUGGGCUGAACUAGCCAUGACCGUCAAGCUGUGCCUUGCGACCGCUGCUCCCUCGGAGAAACUACUGGAAGAGCACGUGAAGCUGGUGAUGGAAUCACCGAAGUCCGGAAUUCAAAUUGCCACUAAUCCUGAAAGUGUUCUCUCACAAGCCCCCACUAGCGUCUCUUCAACUGAUUCGCCUCCUGCUUAUUAUUCUCCGUCGUCGUCGCCUCCGCGUGACGCGACUGCUGCCAAUCGCAUGAAGGUCGCUGCUAACCUUGCAGCCUCUCGCCGUCAUGACGUCAUGCUGUGUCAUGCUGCGUGGCCAACCACUCACGAGGCUCCUUCCGGAGAAUACGACUUUUUGGAGAUUUCCAUGGCGUCGAGCGCAAGGGGAUCAGGAUCUGGAGGUUCUCCCACAUCUGUUCUGGACGGUUCUCCAUUCAAGCCUUCCAACUGGCACAGCAGGAAACCGGAGGGAUCACUGCGCUCUCUCAAUAAUCAGCCACGUCAUCAGAAGCAGAAGCAGCAAUACCAGCAGCAGUCGGCUGCACAGUGGCCGACGCCUUCCGCGCUGCUUCCCGCGCAGCCGUGCCUGCUGUUGCCAUCUCAGCGUGUGGUUGUGGAUGUGUCCUUCAGGCAGCAGUUUGAAGUGGCUCGCCCGACCCCUCGUUAUGCCGAACUUCUCUCUCAGCUUCCCUCCGUGUUUGUCGGCGGACGUCAGCGGCUCAAACCCCUUGUCACUGCCCUGGCUACCGCCAUGAACCUGUCACUCCAAAGCAGUGGAAUCGCGAUAGCUCCAUGGCGCCGAACUAAGUAUCUCUUAAGCAAGUGGUUCCCCACAACGGAUGCUGGAACUGCUAUCCCUGAGGCUCGCACCCAGAUCCUACCAGAGAUGGUGGCGGGAGACCUUCCUACCCCUGUGGCAGCCGCGCCUACGAACCUGCCACUCGCAACGACUGCUGAAUUGGUUGCUGCUGCGGCCAUGAAAGCUGCCGACGCCUUACCUGGCUUUUUAGCAAUGCCUGUAGCUGCUGGUGUGGCGAACGACACAUGCCAGAAUGGCGAGAAGGGUCUUGGCAAAGCUGGAAGCAACAAGGUUCCUCGGGUAGUGACUGACAGCCUGGCAGAGAUGUCUCAGCUGCAGCUGCUGGCAAGCAAGGAGGUACUCAAGUGCUGCCAUUACCACAAUCUGGCACACCAGAAGAAUACCAAUGUCCCUUCAGCUGCUGCUGGUGCCACUGGUGCUGCUGGUGUGGUAGGGUUUGCUGUUGAUGACUGGAAGCCUCCUGCAGUGGCUACCAAGCGUCGACCUGCUUGCAGGGAGGGCUGUCUGUCCCUCUGCAUGCGCCUUCAGGAGGGGGAGGAGGGGGAGGUGUAUUGA